CGUUCAAGUCCGUCGGAUCGUGUUGCUCGUCUGAAAUCAAACUCCAUUAAAACAAAACCUUUAAAAACGUUAGUACACCAUGGGCUCCCAGUAUUAUCCAUUCCAGUGCACACCGACCGUCUAUCCGGCGGAUCCGUUCGAUGCCAACGCGGAUGCCGCCACGCUGCGUACCGCCAUGAAGGGCUUUGGUACGGACGAGAAAGCCAUCAUCGAGGUGCUGGCUCGCCGCGGUAUUGUCCAGCGUCUUGAAAUCUCUCAAGCAUUCAAGACAUCCUUCGGAAAGGAUCUGAUCAGUGACCUCAAGUCGGAGUUGGGCGGAAAGUUCGAGGACGUGAUCAUGGCGCUGAUGACGCCGCUGCCGCAAUUUUACGCCAAGGAGCUGCACGAUGCCAUCUCUGGCAUUGGCACGGAUGAGGAGGCGAUCAUCGAGAUCUUGUGCACGCUGUCGAACUACGGCAUCCGUACUAUCGCCGAGUUCUACGAGCAGAUGUACAACGUUACACUCGAGUCGGAUCUCAAGGGAGACACGAGCGGCGCAUUCAAGCGGUUGUGCGUUUCGCUAGUACAGGGCAACCGUGACGAGAAUAACGGCGUUGACGAAGGUGCAGCGGCGGCCGAUGCCCAGGCACUGUUCGAAGCCGGUGAGGGUCAGUGGGGUACGGAUGAGUCCGUGUUCAACCAGAUUCUGGUGACGCGCUCUUAUCAGCAGCUUCGAGCCGUGUUCGACAUUUACGAGAGUAUUGCCGGACAUUCCAUCGAGGACGCUGUGAAACGCGAAUUCAGCGGUGCAAUCGAGGAAGGCUUUAAGGCUAUUGUUCGCUGCGUUCGAUCGAAAGUGCAUUACUUUGCCAAGCGUCUUCACAACUCGAUGGCCGGCCUGGGCACCAAUGACAAAACGCUUAUCCGGAUCGUGGUCAGCCGAUCGGAGAUUGAUCUUGGUGACAUCAAAGAAGCGUUCCAGGAAAUGUACGGAAAAUCGCUCGAAUCAUGGAUUAAGGAGGAUCUAGGAGGCGAUAAUGCUAACCUGCUGUACCAUUUGGCCGCUUACUAAAAUGCCAUCCUCUCCAAUGGACAAAUUAUGCAAUACACAUUCAUUUGUGAAGGAGCGUGUGGAUACUAGUAUAGCAUCCUUUAAGGCUAAGGCUUUGAUAGUGCCGAAUGUGGCAUUAAACAUACAGUAUUCCAAGCUAUAAGUUCGAGAAUUACAUUCCACAAAAAAAAUAAUUUGCAAACAUUUAAUGUUUAUGUUUGGUUUUGUUCGGUGAUCAUCAUUUUAGAAAUGUGUUGUACCAGUCCGGUACUGUUUAAUUAUUUUAACAUCAAAGUUGUCAGGCAAAUACCACAGAUGAAUACCAAAAUUUGAUUUAUUUGAACCAACUCAAAGCACAAUUCAGAUUACAACAUUAUUUCGGAUUGAAGUACCGUAGUGCCUUAUGAUGUAGCUUUCUUUCUUAUGCAUUAUUUUUGGCAAAAUUCCAUCCGUUUAUUUCGCAGGAGGAUGUCGGAGGUGACCUAGGCGACCUCCUGGCCACUUUGGCUGCGUUCUAAGCACAUCAGUUUAUUACAGGAGCAUGGCAUUUAUAUUGGAGACGAUUACUUAGCGCCAGUGUGUAAUAAUAGCCAAAUUGGUGUUGAAUGAUUUUCGGCAAAAAAUAUCCAUUGCAAAUUAAUUCCCCGAUAAACGCACGUAUAGCACGCAGCGUGUUUGGCACAAUAGUGAAGAAAGAAAUGAUUUGGUCAAACCUAAAGUGUUUAUUCAUCAAUCCCUGUACACGUAUUAUUUUGUUAUUCAUUCUGGUGUUUGCUCUGUUAUCCUCAUGUAACAGUUAUCGGACUAAUUUGAAUAAAUUGAAGAAAUAUGUUCAUGUUAUCUUA